CCACAGCUCUCCGCGAACAAGCAGCUGCUCAGCUAAGUGCCUCAGACCCGACGUGCGGGGUCGGCGGCUCCUCUCAGCUCUUGCUCCGGCGCGCUUCUCUCAGACCCGGCGCUGAAAUUAGUUAAAUACAGCUAAGGAAUACAGGCAAUAUGUUCUACACCCACGUGCUUAUGAAUAAACGGGGGCCAUUGGCCAAAAUAUGGCUUGCAGCUCACUGGGAGAGAAAACUCACAAAGGCCCAAGUGUUUGAAUGUAACCUGGAGAUAACCAUUGAAAGAAUUAUUUCACCUAAGGUGAAAAUUGCACUUCGAACUUCAGGACACCUUCUUUUGGGAGUUGUUCGAAUCUAUAAUAGGAAAGCCAAAUAUCUUUUGGCAGAUUGCAGCGAAGCAUUUCUUAAAAUGAAGAUGACAUUUCGCCCAGGACUGGUUGACCUUCCAAAAGAGAAUUUUGAAGCGGCUUACAGCACUAUCACAUUACCAGAAGAAUUUUAUGAUUUCGAUACCCAUAAUAUGAAUGCUGUUGAUGUUUCAGAACAGUUUACUCAGAAUCAAAGUAAACCUGAAGAAAUUACACUUAGAGAAGAAUAUGGCAAUGAUCUACUUUUCCAAGCUGAGAGCUUUGGUGAUGAACCUGAAAUUCUCAGAAGACAUAGUUUCUUUGAUGACAACAUAUUACUGAAUUGCAGCGGCCCUGUAGCUGAGCAUAGUUCUGGAAGCCCCACUGGAGAAAAAUCUCUGUUCUAUGACAGUGGCGAUGCAUUCGGAGAUGAAGGAGCUGCGGGAGAAAUGAUUGAUAAUCUGUUGCAAGAUGAUGAGAAUAUCCUGUUAGAAGACACGCACUUGAGCAGAGAAAUUACCCUGCCUCCUGAACCUCCCAAUACUGUAAUGGAUGAUACAGAGCAAGUAUGUCUACCUGAAAAUGAAAAAGUGAAUGAAUCAAUAUGGUUAUCAAAUGAAGAGGAAAGAUUUACCCUUGAUCCAAUCAAUGUUUCAGAUAUUGCUGAGAAAAGGAAAGGCAAAAAGAGGAGAUUGCUGAUAGAUCCUGUCAAGGAGAUCAGCAGCAAAAGUAUGCAUAAACAGCUUACUUCCUUUGUGGAUACGCUCAUGGUUUUGGAACUUGCACCUCCUACCCAAAGAUUAAUGAUGUGGAAGAAGAGGGGAGGAGUGGACACACUUCUGUCAACUGCUGCCCAGGAUUUGAUUCAUACUGAACUGAAAAUGUUGUUCACAAGGUGCUUUUUGUCUUCUGAUUUGAAACUUGGGAGAAAAUUGAUGCAGAAAGAGUCAGUAAGGAAAGAAGUAGGAAGCCAAAAGAUAGUAGAGACCUCCAUGAUGGAAGACCCAGAUUCCCAGCCAGAGUUACGUCAAUCCCGAACUUGGAAGGAUGUGAUUAAUGGAUCUAAGUGUAGCUUUCAUGAGGAUAUCAGUAAAAAUAUGAACUCUGAGGAUAUUGUUGAAAUGGUUUCGUCAACUGCUGAAGAAUCAUCUUUGAUGAAUGCUUUCACGGCACAGGAAAUUGAAAAUUGUCCGGUUGAAUUGGACUCUUCAGGGAAUGAACAAAGUGUUGAUACAGAGAGAUGGAAUCGAAGAAUGCUUCAGAUGUUAAAUAGUUUACGGGAAUACAAUAAGAUGGGAAUGCAGUCCUUUAGUCUGAUGAAGUUCUGCAGAAAUAGUAACCGAAAACAAGCAGCUGCCAAAUUUUAUGGCUUUCUUGUCCUAAAAAAACAGCGGGCUAUUGAACUGAGCCAGAGUGCUCCCUAUGCAGAUAUUAUAGCUACUGUGGGACCAAUGUUCCAUAAAAUAUGAAGGAAAUCCAGAACAUGCAGACUUGUGUCACCACUGGAAUUUCGGUGUUGACUGGAUUUAAUGCAGAAGCCAUCUGGAAGCCACUAAAGGUCUGAUCCCCCUCAGAGACUGGCUGACCUCCUGUAUCCUCCCUGUAAGGUCAGGAUUAUCAUAGCCAGACUGAAAAUCUGUAUGUUUAAAGAAAUAACUACAGCUAAGUAAUUCUUAAACUUGGCCUGUUUAUGUUGAAUGUAUAGCAUUCAUCAUUUCCCUAGCUUGAAUGUUGCAUUUAGGGUACAUUUAGGACACAUAUUUUAAAAACUCUAUCUCUUUAAGAAACAUUCAAGGAUGUUUUUUCAAAAGGCUAUUUUUAUAUUGGAUUAUUUACUUAAAUGUUGUAGAAUAAGUUAAUAAUGAAUACUUUCUUAUUGCUACAGAAGGAAUACAUUUAUCUGAUUCUAAUGCAUUAUCACUGUGAUGUAAGCUAAUGCCAUGGUUUGUAGUCUGAUAUCUUCAUUAAAAAUAUUUUAAAAUAUAAUAUUUAUCUUUGUUUUAAAUUACCUGAGUGACUUUUGAUCUAUUUACAGGUCAUUUAACUUUUUUGCUUACUAGUUCACAAUUAUUAUAACCCAAAAUUAAUGUGUUAGCAAAACUAAUCUGCUUCUUAUCUUAAAAAAAUUAGCAGACCCUUGUUCAGCAUGUUAUCUGCAGUUAUAAUUUGAGAAAUAUCACUAAAACAAAAAAAAGUUAUUGGUGUUUACUGAGUAUUUUUGACACUAAGAUCAUUGUUUUCCCUUAGAACAAUUUCUUAGUUGAAAUUUUAGUUAGGAAAUGUUCAUAUUAUUCUCUGUGAAUUCCACAGUACACUGUAAACUGAAGCCUGUGGUAUUCUUUAUGGAAUUACAUGACAAACAACAAGUUCUAAAUAACCUCUUUGAGGGUAUUAAUUUUAUAAUAUAUAAUAUAUAUUAUAUAUAAUAUAUAAUU